AUGAGGUCAUCCGGGGAUGCUGCUGACAUCAGGGGUAAUGUCGGGAAUCAGGAAUCGCCCCACUCGAGUCGAAGCAUCCGGGUGCCGACACCUGGCGCACAGGUGAAGAGCGCCAUCCCGAUCGAGGCGCACAAGCUGCAGUACCUGACGUCGGACACGGUGUCCGCGUACGGGCUCAAGAAGCUGGUCAAGUUCGUCCGGAGCACCAAGAUCCGGACGUACUCGUCCAUCAUCUCGCACCAGGACGAGUCGGAGAUCGACAGCGAAUUUCAGGCGAAGGCGGUGGCGCGGCGCAUCUUCCGCAACGUGGCCAGCCCGGGGCAGAACUACCUCACGGAAGACGACCUGCUGCACUUCCUCGACGAGGCGACCGCGGAGCGCGCGCUGUGCACGUUCGAGGGCGUGGAGCGGGGCCGGAUCACCAAGCUGGCGCUCGUCAACUGGGUGGUGGGCAUCUACAAGGAGCGCAAGGCGCUGGCGCUCUCGCUGAGCGAUACCAAGACGGUGGUGGCCAAGCUGCACUGGGUGCUUGACGUCAUCCUCGCCCUCUUCCUCGUCAUCAUCUAUCUGCUCGUUUUCAACAUCAGCGCCACGCGGCUGCUGGUGAUCAUCUCGACGUGGCUCCUCCCCGCCACCUUCAUCUUUGGGACCACCGCCAAAGACAUGUUCGUGUCCCUCAUGUUCCUGUUCGUGCGGAAUCCGUUCUCGGUGGGCGACAGAAUCCAGGUCGACACCACGCAAUACAUCGUCGAGGAGAUGAACAUCAUGGAUACCACGCUGCUGCAGUAG